CUUAUUAAAUAGAAAAGUAUGGAAGAAUUGCUGUGCCCGGUGGAUCACAUCAAAUUUGAUAUAGAGUAUGCCCUUGAACAUCAAAUUGGAGCAAAACCUCUUCCAUUCCCCGGAAUGGACAAAUCGAUCGCUUUUGUGUGCAAUUUCUUCAAACGAGGGCUUUGCAAGCGAGGUUUUCUCUGUCCGUUUCGCCAUGUGCAAGGAGAACAGUCAGUCGUGUGUAAGCAUUGGAUCAGAGGUCUCUGCAAGAAAGGCGAUGAAUGCGAGUUUCUUCAUGCUUAUGACAUGAGCAAGAUGCCAGAGUGCUAUUUUUAUCAGAGAUACGGAGUUUGUGGGAAUAGCGAGUGUCAAUUUCUGCAUUUAAACCCGGAGGACAGGACGAGAAUUUGUUUGUGGUACGACCGGGGCUUCUGUAAACAUGGCGCUGGGUGUAAAAACCGGCAUCUCCGUAAAGUCAUCUGCCAGAAUUGGGUCAUCGGAUUUUGUCCAGAAGGACCAGAAUGUAAAUUUGCUCAUCCUAAGUUUGACCUGCCAGUGACCAAUGACACGAUGCAGAAACCAGGCGGAGGAGUGGUCAUCUGUCACAACUGUCGCGAAGUGGGUCACAAGGCCACCUUCUGCCCACAGAGACCAGGCAACAACCAGCACAUGCAAAAUCAUAAUAACAACCAUGGAAAUGCAAUCGAAACUGGAGGAGGUACAGGAAAUCCUGUAUAUGGACAGCCGGGUGUGGGUCAGCCUCGUCCAGUGGUGUGUCAUCACUGCUUCGAACCAGGACACAAGAUAACAGUGUGUCCACGACUGAUAGGGGGAAGUAUCCAGACGGCAGACGGGGAACACAUCCCGAUAUCCAUGCAACAGGCGGCCAUGAAUCCUAUAUUCCAUAAAUUGCCAUAUGUGCCGAGGCCCAUUGAGUCUGUGACCUGUUUUAAGUGUGGUGACAAAGGACAUUAUGCGAACAAGUGUCCAAAAAGAGGUUUCAACCCAGCAGCUUUCCUCAGUGACUCAAGUGGAGGAAAUCAGAAUGGAACAGCAUAGGAAAAAUUAUUUCAGAUUUUCUUCAAAUUGUAUCUAUCCCAAAAUGCUGGGACAGCUUCGCCGCCUCCGCUUCAAGGCCAGAUCAACAGUUGCCGACGGAGUGAAAUAAAAUUGAAGACAAUGCAAAUUGUUUCUAAAACUUGUUUUUUUAAUUGAUUGUUCGAACAAAUCUAUUGUUGGUGUCA